GCGGAUUCAUCUACGCCUUCGACUUUGUACGCCUUCUGCUGGGCUUCGAUGAGGGAUUCGUCGGCCUGGUCAUUAUCAGGAGAGGAAACGGGGAUGCCGUGAGGGGUAUACGUACCACAGGCAUCCAUGCACGCUUCUCGCCAUCGUGCUCGUACUCAAUCCCAUCAUCCGCCUCAAACGUCCACUUCCCCGUCACCUUCGAAAACGAGACACGCGGAUCAGUCGUCCAGUCACUCGUCGCAACAGGGAACCCAGCCGCGACAGCAGCUGCCUGAUCCGCACCACUCGUCGCACUCGCGCCCUCGACAUUCGACUGUCUCGUCUGUUGCGGCAUCUUGAAAGGAAGAGAAAAUCAAUAACUUGUAAGUUAAUUAACGCUCAGUCCCUCACGGUUCACGGUGACCGCAUCCUAGGCAGCUCCGCCACACUCAGCCACACAUAUUUGGAGGUCGUACGAACUUUAACUGUGUAACAGUUCGCGAUCCAAAAGUUAUCGAAAUGGCAUCGGAAACGGCUAAGCGCACCGCGGAGGAGGUGGAGGAGGUUGUUCAGCUGCCGCAGAAAAAGUUCUUCAGACAGAGAGCGCACGCCAACCCAUUCUCAGACCAUGAUCUCGAAUACCCGGCAAGUCCAGCAGAUAUGGACUGGUCACCCCUCUACCCAGCAUACUUCCCUGCACCAGCCGAGGGCCCGCAGAGACAGGUCGAGGUCGCUGAUAUCGGGUGUGGGUACGGUGGGCUGUUGAUGGAGCUUGCGCCUGAGUUUCCGGAUAAGUUGAUGCUUGGAAUGGAGAUCCGAGUACAGGUUACGCAGUAUGUGCAUGAGAAGAUUCUGGCGCUGAGAAAGCAGCAUAAGGAGACGGGCGGUUACAAUAACAUUGCUGUGCUACGAGGGAAUGCGAUGAAGUUCUUGCCGAACUUUUUCGUGAAGGGACAGUUAAGCAAGAUGUUCUUCUGCUUCCCCGACCCCCACUUCAAAUCCCGCAAACACAAGGCCCGAAUCAUCACUUCCACCCUCAGCGCCGAAUACGCCUACGUCCUCCGCCCGGGCGGAAUCAUCUACACCAUCACCGAUGUCCGGGAUUUACAUGAUUGGAUGGUGAAGCAUUUGCAUGCGCAUCCCUCGUUCCAGAGGUUGACGAAGGAGGAGGAGGCAGAGGAUGUUUGUGUGAGGAUUAUGAGUGAGGCCACGGAGGAGGGAAAGAAGGUGGGACGGAAUGGGGGGGAGAAGUUUGUCGCUUGUUAUAGAAGGCUGGAGGAUUGA